AAGAAAGGGACGUGAGGGGAGAGGGUAUUUGGAGGAUAUCUCACUCCUCUCUCUCUCUCGUACACAGAAGCUUAGCGUGUAGCUUCAUCUGCCGUACUGCUACUGUGCUCCCCCCAAGAAAACAUACAAAGAGUAAUGGCAGACCACGGUAUCACCUCCCCCCUCCUCUCUCCUCCACCUUCCGAUCACCCCCACUUGAUCCUCACCGUCCAAGACGAGACCGAGACCGAUACCGAUAGCCACCACAACGGCACCCACACUCAUCAGAGCACCAGCGCCCACCACCACCACUCUCGCAACCCUUUUGCGUUUCUCGGGUCCGAUGGGUUCACCGUGCCCGUUUCCACCACCGCCGACCCGUUUCGGAACCACACCCUGGAGAUUACGGGUGUUUACGAGUGGUUAAAGAUCGGAAUUUGCCUGCCCGUCGCCCUGGCUCGGCUGGUGCUGUUUGGGGCGUCGUUGGUGAUUGGGUUUUUGGCGACGAAAUUGGCUCUUCAGGGGUGGAAGGAUAAGAAGGACCCUAUGCCGAGGUGGAGGUGCAGGAUUAUGUGGAUCACUAGGGUCUGUACUCGAUGCAUUCUCUUCGCUUUUGGCUACCACUGGAUAAGACGGAAAGGAAAACCAGCUCCUAGAGACAUUGCUCCAAUUGUCGUUUCAAACCAUGUAUCUUUUAUUGAACCUAUCUUCUAUUUCUAUGAAUUAUUCCCUACAAUUGUGGCAUCCGAAUCCCAUGAUUCCAUACCUUUUGUAGGGACGAUCAUCAGAGCAAUGCAGGUGAUAUAUGUUAAUAGGUUUUCAGCAUCAUCAAGGAAGCAAGCUGUUAGUGAAAUCAAGAGAAAAGCUUCGUGUGGUAGAUUUCCUCGAGUUCUUUUAUUUCCCGAGGGAACCACAACCAACGGGAGAUAUCUCAUUUCGUUUGAACUUGGUGCAUUCAUCCCUGGUUUCGCUAUCCAACCAGUAGUUGUACGAUAUCCCCAUGUACACUUUGACCAAUCCUGGGGGCACAUUUCUUUGGCAAGGCUCAUGUUUAGAAUGUUCACACAGCUUCACAAUUUCAUGGAGGUAGAGUACCUUCCUGUUGUUUCACCCCUUGAGAACAAGAAAGAAAGUGCUAUCUGUUUUUCGGAGAGGACUAGUCAUGCUAUUGCAACUGCACUCAACGUUGUACAGACAUCUCAUUCUUAUGGAGACUUAAUGCUUCUCACGAAAGCAUCUCAGUCAAAAUUGAAACCAGAGCGACCUUCGGUGUAUAUGGUUGAAAUGGCAAGUGUAAAAUCAUUACUCCAUAUAAGCAGCAUGGAAGCUGUGGACUUUCUGGAUAAGUUUCUUUCUAUGAAUCCAGACCCAAGAGGUCAUGUUCACUACCAUGAUUUCUUAAAGGUGCUAAGACUCAAGACUUGUAGCUUUUCCGAAGAGAUAUGUGCAUUUAUGGAUGUGGAGAAAAGUGGAGUAAUAACGUUUAAGCAGUUCUUAUUUGGAUCAGCGCAUGUCGUGAAGCAGCCAUUGUUCCAUAGAGCCUGUGAAUUCGCCUUUUCGGAAUGCAUUUCUGGGGAGAGUGACCAUGUUUCAGAACAAAAAUUUGGAGAGUCCAUCAGACCUGCAAUCCCGGAUUUGAACGAGGAUGAGGUCCGUGAACUGUUCAAUCUAUUUGAUUCUGAUAAUGACGGAAGAAUCAGCAAGGAAGAUUUUUUGACGUGCCUAAGAAAAAACCCACUACUGAUUGCGCUUUUCUCGCCUUGUUUGCAUAACAAAGACAUUUCAGAAGAUGGUAAUAGGUUGGUGGAGGAGAUUGUGUAGUGGAUGAGGUUCUCUUUAGGGUUUGUGGAGAUUUUAUGCAGCAUUUGUAACCUUUGAUAGUCUGGUAUUAUUUUGGGUGGAUAAGGGAGCGGAGAGAGGCCGAGCUUCGGGUUUUGCUGAAGUACAGUGGAUGGAGGGAGGAGGGGUGGGGGGGCUUAAUAUUUUUGCCUUGCUCCCUAAAACUGGUCAUGUCAUACCAGAGUUUUGAUUUAAUUGCUUUUUCUUCUUCUGUAAGUUUAUGUAAUCAUCGUUUUUAUCUUAGUACUCGCUUUAUAACUUCAUGUCUGUUGGAUGGAACAAAUUAAAAGAAAAGAAAAUUAAGUACCA